UGUUGCCCUGCACAACACAUCCUGGGAAAGGGAAAGAAUUGUCUCACUACAUUUUCACAACGCUUCCCCCCCAUCCCAUGUGAUAUCCUGACGCAGCGUCACGUUUUGCGUCGCUCUGACGCAGGGGGUUUCCAUCAUGGCGUCGAUGCAGAAAAGGCUACAAAAGGAACUAAUGGCUUUGCAAAAUGAUCCACCCCCUGGAAUGACACUCAAUGAGAAAAGUGUACAGAACACCAUCACACAAUGGAUUGUAGAUAUGGAAGGAGCCACGGGCACACUCUAUGAAGGAGAGAAAUUUCAGCUGCUUUUCAAAUUCAGUAGUCGGUAUCCUUUCGAUUCACCUCAGGUAAUGUUCAUGGGAGAGAAUAUACCGGUACAUCCUCACGUUUAUAGCAACGGUCACAUCUGUCUUUCCAUACUAACAGAAGACUGGUCGCCAGCCCUCUCAGUGCAGUCAGUCUGUCUCAGCAUUAUCAGUAUGCUCUCCAGCUGCAAAGAGAAGAGACGGCCCCCUGAUAACUCCUUUUACGUAAAAACGUGUAACAAGAAUCCGAAGAAGACAAAAUGGUGGUAUCACGAUGAUACAUGCUAAGUCACUUUCUAAUAGUCCUACUGUCCUACAUAAAGCACUUUUGAAUCAAACAGUCACUGAACUCUGACCUUUUGACUGGAACAAUGGACACCGUGAUGCGCCGGAGACUUUUUUUUUUUCUUUUUUUAAACUGCAUUUCCCAGAGGGCAGUUGGGUGCAUGUUUUUGCCGGUUGUAAUAUACAAAAUGAGAAAAUAAAGGAAGGUUAUAUGUCCCAACAAUGGAUUGUUUUGGCCAAAAGGUCGUUAUGCAGCCAGCAAAAAGAAAUGGUUUUGAAGUGAAGAUUAUUAUAUUAUUAUUGUUUUAAGAUGAUUCUUGUUUCCUUUUGUGUUUGUUUGAGUACAUUUUAAAAGGUCGUCAUCAUGUGUUGUGUAAUAAUAAUAACAAUAACAUUGAUGGAUGCAUACUUGGAAGAGGAUCUGAGCAUCUAAUACCAGGAAGAGGAUCUGAGCAUCUAAUACCAGGAAGAGGAUCUGAGCAUCUAAUACCAGGAAGAGGAUCUGAGCAUCUAAUACCAGGAAGAGGAUCUGAGCAUCUAAUACCAGGAAGAGGAUCUGAACAUCUAAUACCAGGAAGAGGAUCUGAGCAUCUAAUACCAGGAAGAGGAUCUGAGCAUCUAAUACCAGGAAGAGGAUCUGAACAUCUAAUACCAGGAAGAGGAUCUGAACAUCUAAUACCAGGAAGAGGAUCUGAGCAUCUUAUACCAGGAAGAGGAUCUGAGCAUCUAAUACCAGGAAGAGGAUCUGAACAUCUAAUACCAGGAAGAGGAUCUGAACAUCUUAUAACAGGAAGAGGAUCUGAACAUCUUAUACCAGGAAGAGGAUCUGAACAUCUAAUACCAGGAAGAGGAUCUGAACAUCUAAUACCAGGAAGAGGAUCUGAACAUCUUAUAACAGGAAGAGGAUCUGAGCAUCUAAUACCAGGAAGAGGAUCUGAACAUCUAAUACCAGGAAGAGGAUCUGAGCAUCUAAUACCAGGAAGAGGAUCUGAACAUCUAAUACCAGGAAGAGGAUCUGAACAUCUAAUACCAGGAAGAGGAUCUGAACAUCUAAUACCAGGAAGAGGAUCUGAACAUCUAAUACCAGGAAGAGGAUCUGAGCAUCUAAUACCAGGAAGAGGAUCUGAGCAUCU